AUGAAAGGAGUUAAACAUUUCAUAGAUAACUUUAUUCUAGUAAUAUGCUUAAUGAUAACAUAUGUGGAGAGUCUUAUCCCAAAGGCCUGUGUAUCCAACAUUACAGCACUCGGUGGAAGUGGUAUCUGUUGUCCAAUACCGAAAGGUUCAACAUACCCAUGUGGUGGUCCUGGAAUUGGAACAUGUCAAAAGGAAUACAUUCAAAUUCAAUCUAUACCCUAUUACUUAAUAAUAGAUGAUAGAAUGAAUUGGCCAUCAAGAUUUUUUGAUCAAUUUUGUAAAUGUGAAGGCAAUUACUUCGGUAUUGCAUGUGAUGAAUGUUGGUAUGGCUGGGAUGGACCAUUGUGUGAUAAACGCAAGAAAUAUGUCCGACAGAAUAUAUUAACAUUGACUCCAAAACAAAGAAAAAUGUUUGUUAAUGUAGUUACAGGAAUGCUUACAGCAACAACUGAUUACUUUAUAUUAUUUGAAAAAGAUUCUAUACACUCUGAUCCAUUAUGGAAACCUAAAUUCUUGGAUGUUAACCUACAGUAUUUAGUCACUUUUCUGCAUCGAUAUGCUAGUCGAGCAACACUUUUCAGUGAUGAUCUUGAAUGUUUAAAUCGUAAGCAUAUUGAUAAUAAUCAUAAUACUGUUGGAUUUAUUACUUGGCAUAGAUAUUUUAUGAUGUUUUGGGAGAAACAAUUACGUAAAAUUGCAGUUCGACUAUAUGAUUGGACAGAUUUUGCAUUACCCUAUUGGGAUUGGUUUGAUGCCAAAUCUUGUGAAGUCUGUGAUAAUAGUUUGUUGGGCGCUUAUGGUCAAUGGGUAGGAUCGGAUCGUUUAAUCGACGAAAACAGUCCAUUCUAUAAUUGGCCUGAAUACUGUAGUCCACCAGUUGAAGGAAGUCCAUGUUUUAGUUGUCAUGCUAGCUGGCCGAAUUUCCGAAAACUCACUAGAUAUUAUGAAGGAACAGAUUUUCCAACAACUGAUGAUCUUUUAUUUGCUCUUUCAAAAAAAGAUUUUUAUUUACCCCAAAUUGAAGAGGAUUAUGGAAAAUGUCGUGGUUUUCAUCAAUAUCUUGAAGGAGCAUGUGCAGUUCCCGGUUCUAAUCCCACUUAUUCAUUUAUGCAUAAUCGUUUACACAAUAUGGUACGUGGUACAUUUUGUUGUUCACCAACGGCAGCUAAUGAUCCUCUCUUCUUGGUACAUCAUACACAAAUAGACCGAAUAUUUCAGCUUUGGUUCAUGUAUUAUCGUCCACGACUCACAAGCUAUCCAAACCAUGGUGUUGAACUUGGAAACUGUCGUGAAUGUAAUCUAGUUGGUUUCAUUCCUACAAUCAAGCACUUGCAAAUGUUUGUGGAUGAAACAGAGUUCGGUAUUUAUUAUGAUAAUUUCAACUUUGGUAAACGAGGCUUCAAAGCAGAAUUGUUUUUGUUGUACGGUCCUAAAUAUUGUGUCUAA